AUGAGCACUGCGUUAGCCGGUGAGCCGCCGCCGCCGCCGCCGCCGCCGCCGCUGGUCGCCGACGGUCUGAACGGCUCGCUGGCCGAGGUCGCGGCGGCGGAGGCGUCCGCACCGCAACUGUGCGCGGCAGUGGCCAAGAGCCUGCUGCUGGGUCUGGUGGUGGCGCUGACCAUCUGCGGCAACACGCUGGUGCUGCUGGCGCUUGUGCGCACGCGCACGCUGCGCGGCAGCACUGCCUACCUGAUCGGCAGCCUGGCCGUGGCCGACCUGCUGCUGGGCGUGGCCGUGCUGCCGUUCUCGGCCGUGCUCGAGGUGUCGGGCCGCUGGUACUUCGGCGCGGCGUUCUGCAGCGUCUGGGCGGCUGCCGACGUGCUCUGCUGCACGGCCAGCAUCCUCUCCCUCUGCGUCAUCUCGGUGGAUCGCUACAUCGGCGUGACGCGGCCGCUGGGUCACGCCGCCAUCAUGAGCGGCAGCCGCACCAUGGCCAUCAACGUGCUGGUCUGGCUGCUGUCGCUGGCCAUCAGCAUCGGCCCGCUGAUUGGCUGGAAAGGUCCGCCGGCCGCCGGCGACGGCCGCUGCAGCGUCAACACACAGGUCGGCUACGUGCUCUUCUCGGUGAUCGGCUCCUUCUACUUCCCGAUGCUGGUCAUCCUGGCCGUGUACUGGCGCAUCUACCGGGCCGUGGUGCGCGAGACGCGCUGCUGGGAGAGCGGGGUCAAGGUCACCGACUCGCAGGUGGCGCUGCGGGUGCACAGGGGCGGCGCACGCGGCGCUGACCCCGCCGGCGAGAGGUCACGCCGCCCGUCCGGCGACAGCACCAAGCUCAGCAAGUUCCGUCGCCAGACCAAAGCGGCCAAGACGCUUGGCAUCGUGGUGGGCGUGUUCCUGCUCUGCUGGUUCCCCUUCUUCUUCGUACUACCGCUCAGUGCGCUGUGCUCCAUGUGCUACAUCCCGGAGCCUCUGUUCGCCUUCUUCUUCUGGUUGGGAUACUGCAACAGCUGCCUAAACCCCUUCAUCUACGUCUGCACCUCGCGCGAGUUCAAGCGCGCCUUCACCCAGAUCCUGUGCGGCGGCGCGCGCCGUCGCCGGCCACCGCCCCUGCCCUGCCCGACGAUUGCCUUUCACGAGGCGGGCCGGACGCUGAACGGCGCGCAGGGGCGCAGCCAGGGCAGGCCCCAGUCCCAACCAAAGGCGGCGGACCGUGGCUCCGAGAGCGGAGAUGACGGCCAGCGGAAGACGCGGCCGUCAGUGACGGACCAUCAGUGA